AUGGGGCCGGAGUCUGGCGCCUCGGGGAGGCUGCGCACGCUGGUGCUGCUCAUCGGCUUGGCCACCAGCACUCGGGCGACCGAGUGCGACUGCUGCCCACAAGAGGAGACUGGCGGUCUUCAGCUGCCACUCUACAUGGCGAUUCCGGUCAUCAUCCUCCUGGUCAUGCUUUCUGGCCUCUUCUCUGGGCUGACCCUGGGGCUCAUGGGCCUCGACAUCGUUGGCCUGGAGAUCGUGAUGAAGGGGGGAAACCAAGAGAUGGCCAAGUGCGCCAGGAAGAUCCAUCCAGUCCGCUCCAGGGGCAACCAUCUGCUCUGCACCCUGUUGCUCGGCAACGUUGCGGUUAACUCGGCGCUGUCGAUCCUGACGGCCGACAUUCCGGCUCUUGGUGGCCUCAUGGGCUUCUUGUUGUCCACUGGCCUCAUUGUCCUCUUCGGGGAGAUCUUGCCACAGGCCGCAUGUUCCAGGUUUGCUUUACAGAUCGGCGCCCGCACCGUUCUCAUCACGCAGGCGUUGAUGUAUUCUCCGCUGUAUGUGCUCACCAAGCCCCUGAGCAUGAUGCUGGACGUCCUGCUGGGCAAGGAGGUGCUGACCGUCUACAGCCGCGCGGAGCUGCUGGAGAUGCUGAAGCUGCAGAUCAAGCUCGGCGGCACCAACGAGACCGACGGCGAGGAGGCGCAGAAGAUCGCCGAGGGUGCCAUGUGUUUCAGGGACAAGCUGGUCAGCGAGGUGAUGACGCCGAUUGAGGAUGCCUACUUCCUCUCCGCCGACACGCGGCUAGGAUUUCAAGAGAUCAAGGAGGUUUUCGAGAGGGGGUUCAGCCGUGUUCCAGUCUACAGGAGGGACAAGAACGACUACGUCGGCGUCCUGCACACAAAGGACCUCAUGUUCGCAGACCCAGAGGACGAGAUGCUGCUUGGUGAUUUUAUCAACAUAUUCAAUCGCAAGGCGGACACUUUCUUCCCAGGGGACAAGCUGCCAGAGGUCCUCAAGAAGUUUAAGACUGGCGGUGCCCACCUGGGCAUCGUGCGCAGACCCAUCAUAGAAUCUGACGUAAACCCCACCUAUGAAAUCAUGGGGGUGAUCACCCUUGAGGAUAUCAUGGAAGAGAUCCUCCAGGAUGAGAUCAUCGACGAGCAUGACGUGUACGUGGAUGUCGACAAGGGUAUUAAGAUCCAGGGGCGUCAAAUGAAGUCGGAAGUCCCCCUCGGUUUCUUCGACCCGCGCUGGAGGAAGCGAUUAGACACGCUCACCAACGAGGAGGUCAAUGCCGUGAAGCGCCAUCUGGGCCGCGGGGCCCUCGGCCCUGGCAGCAAAUUCGAGCUCAGCAUGCGGGCCUGCGAGUGGCUCGUGAUGAGCUCGCGCGUGGAGAACCGCGUCCGCAAGACCUCGAUGCAGAUCGCGGUGCCGAAGCAGGAGGACUGGCUGUUCCAGCGCGGGAGGGAGAGCGACCGCUGCAUACUCGUGCUGCAGGGCCGCCUCACCGCGCUGGCGGGGCGGGAGCAGUUCCGGGCGGAGAUCGGCGCCUUCUCCGUGGUCGGCCGCGAGUCGCUCGCCUCCGGGGUGUUCACGGCCGACUUCGACGCCUGGCUGAGCACGGAGAGCACCCGCCUGCUGGUGCUGAAGAAGGAGCUGUUCCAGAAGGCGCAGGAGCUCGACAAGGACCCGGAAGCGCUGGAGCGGGCCAUGGCGCACCUGAACAAGGGGGUGCUGGACAAGUCGGAGCGCUCGCAUCACAACUCCAGCUACCUCGGCCUGUCGAGGUCGCUGGCGUGCCCCGUCCAACUCGCGAUCUGCCGCGGCGGGGUCCACUCGAAGGGCGAGAGGGCCGACAUGGACGCCGAGUCCUCCUCGCGCUACCACUGGCCAGCCAACGCGUGA